AUGAUGAUUGUCCCAAUUCCUGGGUCGUCGACGGCAGACCGCGUGCUGGAGAACAGUAAGAUUGUGGACGUGUCCGAAGAGGAUCUCGACCAGAUUGAUGCUAUUCUGAAGACCUUUACGCCGGCUGGUGCACGUUACCCCCCAAUUGUCCAGACCAAUACCUAG